CAGCUUAUUUCCCGCGUGACGUGCCCGCAGGACGAGUUGAGCAAGACUUACAGUCGGAAGUUUCAGCAGCAGAAAAGGCUUACACCCGGUCACCAUGUCUGAAGCAUUUGAGAAAGCAGCAGAGGAGGUGAAGGUCCUGAGACAAAGACCAGACCAUGGAGAAAUGAGUGCAAUUUAUGGUUUGUAUAAACAAGCCACUGCUGGAGACGUGAACAUGGAACGACCAGGGAUAUUCGAUUUUACAGGAAAAGCAAAAUGGGAUGCAUGGAACGCAAAGAAAGGUUUAUCCAAAGAAGAAGCAAUGGCAGCUUAUGUGGAGUUGGUGGAAAAGCUAAAAGAGAAAUAUGGAAUGUAGAGUCUUUAAGAAACACAACAAUAAAGAAAUACACAAGAAAAACU